AUGCCGCUGCCGCUGCACCCCUGCUGCGCCGCCGUCGUCGCGGCGACGCCCGCCAUGGCCACCACCGCCGGCAGCGGCGGCACCAUCUCGCCGUCCACUGCCGCCGCCCCGCCGCCCCGGUACCUCGGCUCCGGCCAGGGCCGGCUCCGCCUCGCGCCGGCAGCCAGCCGGCGUAACAGGCCGCUCCUCCGCUGCUCCGCGUCCGGCGGCGACGGGCCCGACAAGGUUCUUGAGAAGCGCCGGGCCGAGCUCGCCGCCCGCAUUUCCUCCGGCGAGUUCACCGCCCAGGGCCCCGGAUGGCUCGCGCCCGUCGCGGCAAGGCUCGCCAAGCUCGGCCCGCCGGGGGAGCUCGCGGCCGGGCUGCUCACCAAGGUAGCGGGCGGCGCGGCGCGCAGGGGCCCGGGGCUGCCGCAGGCGGUCGGGUCGCUGGCUUCCGUCGCCGGGGAGGCCUUCUUCCUGCCGCUCUACGACCUCUUCCUCACCUACGGCGGCGUCUUCCGCCUCAACUUUGGGCCCAAGUCUUUCCUCAUCGUCUCUGAUCCGGAUGUAGCUAAGCAUAUCCUGAGGGACAACUCCAAGGCUUAUUCCAAGGGUAUCCUUGCGGAGAUACUGGAGUUUGUGAUGGGCACAGGUCUGAUCCCAGCUGAUGGGGAGGUCUGGCGUGUUCGACGGCGUGCCAUUGUACCAGCAUUGCAUCAGAAGUACGUGACAGCGAUGAUAGGUCUCUUCGGAAACGCUUCAGGCCGGCUCUGCCAGAAGCUGGACAAGGCGGCUUCGGACGGGGAAGAUGUGGAGAUGGAAUCUCUCUUCUCUCGACUAACGCUGGAUGUCAUCGGGAAGGCAGUGUUCAAUUAUGAUUUUGAUUCAUUAUCCUACGAUAAUGGAAUAGUUGAGGCUGUGUAUGUAACAUUACGGGAAGCAGAAAUGCGGAGUACAUCUCCUAUCCCAACUUGGGAAAUACCCAUAUGGAAAGACAUCUCCCCUCGGCAAAGGAAGGUCAAUGAAGCUCUCGCACUGAUAAAUAAUAUUCUCGAUGAACUAAUUGCUACUUGCAAGAGGAUGGUAGAUGAAGAAGAUCUGCAGUUUCAUGAGGAAUACAUGAAUGAGAAAGAUCCUAGUAUUCUUCACUUCCUAUUGGCAUCUGGAGAUGAUGUGUCCAGCAAGCAGCUCCGUGACGAUCUGAUGACAAUGCUCAUAGCUGGCCAUGAGACCUCUGCAGCAGUCUUGACUUGGACAUUUUAUCUUCUGUCUAAGUAUCCGAAUGUAAUGUCCAAGCUCCAAGCUGAGGCUGAUGCUGUUCUAGGAGAUGGUUUACCAACAAUUGAUGAUGUGAAGAAACUUAAGUAUACUACUCGAGUUAUUAAUGAAUCUUUGAGAUUAUAUCCACAGCCGCCAGUUUUGAUUCGCCGUUCCCUUGAGGAUGAUAUGCUAGGGGAGUACCCAAUCGGCAAGGGAGAAGACAUUUUUAUAUCCAUCUGGAACCUUCAUCGCUGCCCAAAGCAUUGGGAUGACGCGGAUGUUUUCAAUCCAGAAAGGUGGCCUUUGGACGGACCGAACCCAAAUGAGACAAACCAAAAAUUCAGUUACUUGCCAUUUGGUGGCGGACCAAGGAAAUGUGUAGGUGAUAUGUUUGCUACUUUUGAGACUGUGGUGGCAACAGCAAUGCUUGUCAAGCGAUUUGAUUUUCAGAUGGCUCCAGGAGCACCUCCGGUCGAGAUGACAACCGGAGCAACGAUUCACACAACUAAGGGACUGAACAUGACUGUUACUCGGAGGAUAAAGCCACCUGUAAUUCCAAACUUAGAGAUGAAAAUUGUUUCCGAUUCAGAAGGAAGCACAAGUUCUACUGCGUCAGUGGCUGUUUCUACUGCUAGUAUUACAUCCGGAGAAGGUCAACAAGUAGAGGUGUCGACAAGUCAAGUGUGA